AUGUUUACCGAGCCACUCACUGCCGCCAACUACCUUGAUCGCGACCACCAUCCUGCGUACGACCACCACCCGCCGGCAGCUCGCGAGGAGAUUGAGGAUGAGAUCAGCGCAUGCCUGACCAGUAACCUCCGAGAGGUCUCGGGCGUAUCGACCGCAAUCCUCCGGUACUCCUAUGCUUCCUAUGCCAAGUUGAUCGUCAUCCUGCUUGAGUGCAAGCUCUCCGGCUGGCCGCCCUCCAUCCCCUACACGAGCUUCAGCAAAAUCCCAGGCGGGAUCGCAGUCUUGGCCGAACUCCUCAAGCACUGCAAGCAGGGCGAGAUCUACUUCGAGCCCGCGACACCUGAGGACAUCGCGAACGCGAUGUGCGACCCAGCCACUGUGCACCCGAACUAUCGACGUCCCGGUGCUGGUGGGAAGCUGUCAGCGCAGGCGCCGUCUGAUGCGCAGGACCCCACUGUCGUACUGUCGUAUGUCCUCGAGCCCGAGGGCUUGGGCCUCAUCGGUGUCCAGCCCAUCUCGACACAGCCCUCCACUGCCGCCGCCCUGCUCGACGGCAUCCCGUCUCAGCAGCGCAGCGACAUCAAGAGGCCGCGCCGCCGCAUCCUCGACGGCCCCUACUCCCGUCCGCGCCCGCUCCCGAAGGAGGGCGUGAAGAGCGAGCCGUUUGUACUCGAGUUGGCCGCCGAGGACCGUCGCCUGGACUCGCCACCUUCGGAGCACCAGCGCGAGCAUUACUUGCUCGUUCGCGAACCGCUGCUGGAGUUCCUUCCCGCCAUGCCAUGGGGCGCGCUCACCUCGUUCGAUAUUCUCCCUCCCAUUCCGUACGGCGGCGCUGGGGAGAUGUGUUCCGAGAUGGCGAUGGACGCGUUAGGGAUGGUCGUGUUCUAG